CCUGGCGGACCUUGGGUCCCCCCCGGAGUCGUGGAGGCAGCCUCGCUCAGCACGGGAGCAGAAUGGGCACGGAGCAGAGACUGCGGGGCAGAAUCCUCGCGGCGCUGCGCCGGCUGCAGCCUGUCCCAACACGACAUCUGAGCCGACUCCGCCCCCUGGCGGCAGAAAAGCAAGCCGCUCUCUACAUCCACUGGCCUUACUGUGAAAAGCGCUGCAGCUACUGCAACUUCAACAAGUACAUUCCCCGUAGUAUGGAUGAGCCAAGGAUGAGAGACUGCCUCAUUCAGGAGGCCAGAACCUUGAUUCAACUCAGCCAAGUUCAGAGAAUUACUUCAGUAUUUUUUGGUGGGGGGACACCAAGCAUGGCCAGCCCAUUCACAAUUGGUGAUAUCCUGGAGACCAUCUCUCAAUGCGCCCAUUUAGCAGAAGGUACAGAGGUCACAUUGGAAGCCAACCCCACUUCGGCUGAUGCUUCACGCCUUGCAGAAUUCCGGAGAGCUGGUGUCAACCGCCUCUCCAUUGGUAUACAGUCCGUUAACGAUGCAGACAUGAAGCUCCUUGGAAGGAACCACACAGCGUUUGAGGCCUUGAGAACUUUAGAAGAAGCCAAGAAACUGUUUCCAGGCCGUACAUCUAUUGACCUCAUUUUUGGUCUACCAGGUCAGACAGUUACUUCAUGGGUCCAGAGCUUGCAGAAAUUGCUCCCCAUGUGUGAUGACCACAUUUCUCUCUAUCAGCUGACCCUGGAGAGGGGUACCUCACUCUUCAAACAAGUCCACCAGGGUUACUUGCCAAUGCCAGAUGUGGAUGUAGUAGCAGAAAUGUAUGACUGUGCACGGCACAUUCUGCAGGAUGCAGGUUUUCGUCAGUACGAGGUCUCCAAUUUUGCUAGGAAUGGAGCACUUAGUGCUCAUAACUUGUCCUACUGGCAAGGCAGUCAAUAUAUUGGGCUUGGACCGGGAGCCCAUGGGAGAUUUGUGCCAUGGGGAGAUGUUAAGAUCCAGCGAGAGGCCAGGAUACAGACUCUGGAGCCAGAUGUAUGGAUGAAGGAGGUGCUGGCUUUUGGACAUGGGACUCGGAAGAGAACUGCACUGAGUGAACUGGACAUAUUGGAAGAGGUUCUGAUGCUUGGACUCCGCAUGGAUGUCGGAAUUUCACAUCAGCACUGGCUUAGAUUUUCCCCCGCUUUGAGUCUGUGGAAUGUGUUUGGAGGAUCAGAGGAAGUGAAAGGCUUGGAGGAGCAAGACUUGCUGUUACUGGAAAACAGGGGCCUAAGGUGUUCUUGGAAAGGUCUGGCUGUGCUGGAUACUCUGCUGCCGACACUUCUUAGCCAGCUUCAACAGGCUUGGGCAGAAAGAAAAGAAAGGUCAAGUCGGACCUGAAGCCGAUACAUCGUUGUCAGUGAACUGGCAGCAGUGCAAAAGGAAAAGAGAAUGCCCUGUUGGAGGGUGAAUAUUGUUUUUAUAUGUAUGUAUUUAUUUAUGUAUUCCAUUUAUGGAUUGCCUAUUCCCUACAAUGUAAGGCUCUAGGUAAUGUACAACCAUUAAAAAAAGAAUUUAAAGCAAAAAAA